UCGAGAGAGGGCAAGAGUGUCCAAGCAUUUGGUAUGCGUUUUCAGAAGGUAUCCGAUGCCCUUAUGACAAGGGGGAAGUUAUCGGAAGUAGAGAGAUGCACUAUCUUUCUCUGUAAACUGACAAAAGGGAAGCGAAAGGCGAUAUUGAGGGAGACGCCUCACGAUAAGUUGGAAUUCUUGGCGUUGCUUAAGCUGUCCAUGAAAGCGACAGCCGAUGAUUAUAAGGAUUUGCUCUGGAGAGGCAUGCAGCGCGAGGAUUAUUCCUUUUACAAGGAGUAUGGGACUGAUAGGUGCCCUGAUUUCAACGACAAGCCUUCGGCAGAACGACGAUAUUUGAUGGACUGGGAUAAAUCCCAUCGGUCAGGGGAUAACGACGCGGUAAUAGAGGAGAUGCAAGAAAAGAUGAAGGAAAUGGCCAGGCAAAUGGCGAAUUUUGAAACGAAGGUCGGAACUACGUACCGGGACAAGCCUGGAUCUCCCUACUCUCUGCRAUGGGAUCGUCGGAAUACCGACCCAUGGAGAAGCGUCGAAGACMGUAACCCUCGGACGCUGGCCGACUAUCGCGCGAGGGAAAGAGAUGGGGACGAGAGGCGACGUAGAGAUGAAGAGGAUCGCAGACGUAGGGAUGAGGAGGAUCGAAGGCRCAGAGAAGAAGACRACCGAAGACGUAGAGAGGACGAAGAGAGGAGGCGCAGGGAUGAAAAUAUAGAAAGAGACCGCCAUCGUGAUGKGUAUCGAGGGGGAGAUUCUURCAUUCGAGGAGACAGAGCCGACCAGUAUCCGYKCAGUCCCAGAGACCAGUACUCGCGCAGUCCCAGAUACGGUGGGAAUGCCGAAGGGUACCGGAGCCCGGRCAACUUUMACUYGAGGGAUAGAGAGGACUCCCGCGGUCGAUGGGAGUCGGAUAGGGACCRCCGAGAUGGAUAUCGAAGCGGUUACGAGCGGACAGAGAGAGGUGGCGAUCGUAGGGAAGAGCCACGCAGACAGYACGAGAGAGGAGGGUAUCCCGCRUUGCCAGGAUAUCCCAAAUCCCCAAACUAUCCUAGAUCCCCUGGGCCAUCCAACCAGGAUGUGAGACGACCGGCUAUUAAGUCCGYAGAGGAACGACCCCCUACACCUAGAAAUUCCUGWAUCUACUGUAGGGGAGACGACCAUCUCAAGAGAGACUGUUCUGACCUCAAACRGGCGAUAGAUGAGGGGCUUGUCGUACUUGAUGAUCRCAAGUACGUCAAGUGGGCGGAUAACCUCGGAGAUGUGUCGAUGUUUCCUUCAAUGAAGGAGAACGUGGAAGCUAGGCGAGUAGUACCAAACAAGGGUAAAGGGGUUGCGAGGAGCCAGAGCGUGAGGCUGAGCCUACCUUUUGAAGAGGAGGCUCCCAUGACGCCCAUACGGGUGGCGGCUACAAAGUCCUUUAGGCCUUCCUCCUCAAAGAAGGCCGACACUGACUAUGUGAUGGCGGAGAAGGACGGACAGAGGAUUGAAGGAGAAGAAGUUAUACUUUCCCCAUGCAAACGUGGAACCAAUAAGUUUACGAUGAAGAGUACUCUAGAUGACAUAGAUACGGUUGAGCCUCUGAGGCGAGCACUUAGGCAGCCAAUGCAGUGCACGAUACUCGAGUACUUGGCUGCUUUGAGGCCUGAGCGAGAUGAUUACGCGUAAACACGUAUUCCUCUGAGCGACGAAGUCCAGAAGGUGACCAAACAGGAGGAGAUACGCAUUGUUGCUGUAUCAAGUG